GUAAUAUGACACAUAUCAAACUUGCCUUAGCUCAACUCAUUUAGAAAUAUACAAUUGCGGAAUUUUCACAUAAAGUUGAUCAUAUCAAGAACAUCGUGUUUCUUCAUUUGAAAAAGUAAAAUAAAUGAAUAGUGAAUACAUAUUUCUAAAAUUGGAUUAAAUAUUUGUGCAUAUAAAUAUAUCAUGUACCACGUGUAGCAAGUCAGAACAGGUUUUUGCAUAUUUGUACCACCAUUGGUACCAACCUAUGUAUGAAACCCACCAGUUCGGGAUAGAUCUUUAAUCGAAAUUGACAUUCUAAAAAAGCAUUUAUUGAAAAAGACUGAGUAACGAUCUGAACAUCAUCGCAAUAAAGACUCAUUUGAUAAACAACGUGUCAAAAGACGUUAACGUAUACAUAAUAUAUUCAGAGAAACGUUCAAAGGCUGUACCACAAAUGGAGGUAUGGACAUGGUCCAAACGAUCAGUGAGACCAGAUAUAGUCAUGCUGAUUGUGGUGACAAUAAUAGCGACCAUUACGAUCGAGGCUGACGGAUCUAAGCUACGAAGAAAGAUUGGCUCCGUCAAUGGUGCCAACAGUAAAUUUGCAAUAGGAUUUCGCGAGUUUGAGACCGAUGUCCCCAUUGGGACCGGAAAACAGAAAAGGUCGAAAGAACAGGGGGAUGAAGAUGACGCCCCAAACAGAAUGGAAAGACAAAAUGAUGUCGUGAUUCCAGUUGGUCUUGGAAUGAAGUUCAAAAUAAAUGAAAACGCCGGAUUAGCGGGAGGAGGCAAGGUGCCUACAAUCCCCACCCCUCCUCUCACAAAGCCAACAACAAAUAAACCAACUAGGCCUGUACCUCCCUUCCAGGGUGAUACUCCAUUUGAAUCAUGCGCAGAUGUCGUACUUGCAGUGGAUUUAUCGUGUUCUGUGUCCUCAAGUAGUCGGGAAAGAGCCAAACAUUUGGCGAGACUCCUCGCAUCAUCAAUUAAAAUUGCUCCAAACAGGGGCAUCCAACUCGGCCUGAUAUCGUUUACAAAUAACGCCCGUAAUCACAUCCGCUUCAACAAGGAUGACUCACAAGGAAAUAUAUUAAAGAUGAUCGAGGACUUAGAUUUCGAAACGACAGCCCGGUCCUGCCGCACGCGCACCUGGAAGGCGUUAAUAAAUGCUGACAUUAUGUAUUUUAGCGAUGUAAGCGGUGUAGACAGAGAUGACUCAAUUCAUGGAGAUGUUUUGGUCAUCAUCGGUGAUGGUUUAGGAUCGCCGAAAAGGCAACAAAAAAUGACAGUAAAAUACGCUCAAAAAAUGAAAGCGGAUAAUGUUGAAAUCAUAUGGGUUGUCACUGAGUUGGCCAAAAGUAGUCACGUGUCUAAAGAAACUGAGAUUGAUUUGAUUAGUACGGAUGCGGACGACCUUGUUCUUAAAAUGGAAGAUGAGAGUACUGAGUCGAUAGCGAUACGUUUAGCCGAACAUCUUGGGCGUUCAUACCCAUGCAAGACAUAAGAACUGUCCUUUCAAAGAAACAAAUUAGGAUUUUACAUUUUUAAGUGAUCGUGUCUUUCCGCAGACACAUUGGUAACGCUCCCCUUCAACAAAAAUUGGCAAUCUUGACUCCCCCAUGGUAUCGUGUUAUCUUAUGGAUAAAAAUGAUAUCCCUCAA